AUGGAGUCUAAGUUUGAGACCAUGGACGCCAAACUCCAUGCCAUCCUCGAAAAAUACGUAGUCGGCAAAGAUCUGGACACCAACCAGAAGCUCAUCGGAGCAUCGUUUGCCGUCGUCACAAAGGACCGUCCCAUUAUCGAGUCCUCAGCUGGCCAGAUCGACCUCACCGGCUCUGGCCGCCCUUUCGAUAAUAAAUCCUUCAACUACAUCGCCUCCCUGACCAAGCUCAUCACAAUCACAUGUAUCAUGCAGCUCGUCGAGCGUGGGACCCUCCCUCUUGACGAGGACGUCCGAACCACCAUCCCCGAGCUGGGCACUCUGCAGAUCCUCCGAGGCUUUGAUGGUGACAAGCCCAUCCUCGAAGACAACACCAAACCCAUUACACUCCGCAUGCUCCUCACCCACGUCGUAGGCCUAGGCUACGACAUCCCCGACCCAGACCUAAUCAAGUGGUCCAACCACAUCGGCCGCACCGCCAGGAACCUCGACUGGUCCAAGGAGGGCUUCACCGUCCCCUUCAAGUUCACCCCCGGCGAGGGCUGGUGGUACGGCACCGCCAUCGACUGGGCCGCCCUCCUCCUCGAGGCCGCCACCGGCCAGACCCUCGGCCAGUACAUGAAGGCCAACAUCUUCCUGCCCCUCGGCAUGGAGGACACAACCUUCUGGCCCGGGAGCGACUUCGACGCCAGGUUCGUCGCCUACACCAGCCGCCGCGGGGACGGCUCCCUCGAGACCGUGGCCCCUCCCGUCGACAAGGACAGCGACCACCCCCUCGAGAGCGGCGGCGCGGGGCUGUUCUCCACCACGCGCGACUACAGCGUCUUCAUGAAGGCGUUCCUCGGGGGUGAGUUGCUGAAGCAGGAGACCAUGGACGAGAUGUUCCGCCCCCAGCUUGAUGACGUCCAGCGCGCCAUGCUGCGGGAUGUCGUGUACGAGCCAGGCUCCCACGAAGGCUUCGCCCCCGAGUUCCCAAGGGGUUUGGGCAUCGACCACGGCCUCGCGGGGCUCGUGAACCUCGAGGAUAUCCCUGGGAAGCGCGCCAAGGGGAGCAUGACUUGGAGCGGGUUCUGUAAUUCUCGAUGGUGGAUCGACAGGAAGAACGGGAUAGGAGCCGUCUUGUUCACAAACGUCCAGCCGUUCGGCGACUCCGUUGUCGGGAAACUCUACGAUGAGCUGGAGCGUUGUGUCUAUGAGAACCUGGAAAUCGCACCCUAG